GGGUCGUGAGGCAGCGUGGGUCAGGCAGUGAGGCCAGGCCAGUCAGACCGCGGCCGCAUACAGGCCGGCCGGCGCGCACAACGUGCAGGACGCGCCACUACCUCGCGUGCUACCCGCGUCGCCGGACCUACACCAUAAUAAAACAUACCGGCAGUUGCGGAAAUGUGCAAACAUGUGGUACUCGUUCCUAUGAUGACCGUCGAUUCACCAAUGCAGAAGAAGACGUGUAAGCCGGCCAUGCUGGGCCGCGUGUGGUCGGCGAGUCGGCGCGCGCUCAGCCUAGAGCACACUCCUGCGCAUCAGUUCGGCUGCUGUCAGUGGCAGACGCAGCAGCGGCCACCGGUCGCCUACCUUAUAUACAGAUGGCUUCUGUUCAUCGGCGUGGUAUCGGUCGGCAUCGCGAGCUUCGCCUGCCAGCAAUUACCAAAGCAAUACGAGAGCAAAGUGGAGCUAAAGUACAUGAAGUGGUUCAUAUACUUUACCAACUGGGGGUUCAUGGUGAUCGCUCUGCAAUCGGGACUGGCCCUGGCGGUCGUGCACCGGUACAGAGCGGAGCGGAUAUUCAAUCUGACAUGGGAGGGUACGUCGAGCGGGCGGCGUCCACGGACGCCCCUGCUAUGCCGGAGCUACUGGCUGGCGCAUACUGUGGCCACAGACCUCGCCUUCGUCAUCACGCUCGUCUACUGGACGCUAGUCUAUGACCCGAAAAUGCACGAAAUAAAUGCGCUGAAUCUUCUGGUCCACGGCGGUAACUCCGUAGUCAUGUUGGUGGAACUGGCAGUUACAGCGCAUCCUGUGCGGGCAGCCCAUGCGCUCUACGGUGCUGGGGCAGGCCUGGCCUACGGGCUCUUUAGCGCAUUCUACUGGGCUGUCGGAGGCACCGACCGGGCUGGUCUCACUGCUAUAUAUCCCGCGCUGGAUUGGAACAAACCUGGCUCAGCAUUCGGGUUCGUAGCGCUGUGCGCCGUGGUGAUGGUCAUAGCGCACGCACUGGCGACUUGCGGGGCGACGCUGCGCGGGCGUCUCGCCGCACGCUUGCGCGCUGCACGCCAACAGCAAGAUCGGCAGGCGUUGCCGCCCUACUGAGGAUAGGAUAAGAUACGCUUAGAAUAAGUAGUCUGUGGAAAACAAGUGAGCAUUAAGCUUUAGUUUUAGGUUACACGGGCAGGCCUGUGAUUGCCUAUCACCACUGGCUUUUUAGCCUCCUGAGACCCAGAAGCAAUUGU